CUUCAAUCCAGCUGCUCCUUCCCCAGUCUCGCUCAAUUGAGCACAACCACCUCUCAAAAUGCUUUCGCGACACGCGCCAUCUCCUAAGGCCGUCUCUACUCUCUCUACGCGGGUGCUGCCUUCGACAGCGCACGUCGCCUCUCGAUUCCCUUCUUCCGUUUCCCCAUCACAGCAGAGUCGAGGACUUGCCACAGUCCAAGAUGCACCCCCUCCGCCGAAACGAACCCACUUUGGUGGAUUGAGGGACCAGGACCGUAUCUUUCAGAAUCUGUAUGGACACCAUGGAGCAGAUUUAAAAAGCGCCAAGAAGUAUGGAGACUGGUACAAAACGAAGGAGAUCUUGCUCAAAGGGCAUGACUGGAUCAUCUCCGAAAUCAAAGCUUCAGGUCUGCGAGGUCGUGGUGGCGCUGGGUUUCCGUCCGGCAUGAAAUGGUCAUUCAUGAAUUUCAAGGAUUGGGAUAAGGAUACAAAGCCAAGGUACUUGGUUGUUAAUGCUGAUGAGGGUGAGCCUGGAACUUGCAAGGACCGAGAGAUUAUGCGGAAGGAUCCCCACAAGCUCAUCGAAGGAUGUCUGGUUGCUGGCCGGGCCAUGAACUGCACAGCUGCAUAUAUCUACAUCCGUGGCGAGUUCUACCACGAAGCCACGAUCUUGCAACGAGCAAUUCAAGAAGCAUAUAAGGAUGGUCUGAUUGGAAAGAAUGCGUGUGGAAGUGGCUACGAUUUCGACGUUUAUCUCCACCGUGGAAUGGGCGCCUAUGUUUGCGGUGAGGAGACAUCACUCAUCGAAUCUCUCGAGGGAAAGCCUGGCAAGCCUCGUCUAAAGCCCCCCUUCCCUGCUUCCGUCGGUCUUUUCGGAUGUCCAUCCACAGUGGCAAACGUCGAAACAAUUGCAGUUGCACCAACGAUUUGCAGAAGAGGAGCAAAUUGGUUCUCAUCAUUCGGUCGUGAGCGAAAUUCGGGAACAAAGCUCUUCUGUAUUUCUGGUCACGUCAACAACCCAUGUACUGUUGAGGAAGAGAUGAGCAUUCCUCUGAAAGAGCUCAUUGAGAAGCACUGUGGUGGCGUUCGAGGAGGGUGGGAUAACUUAAAGGCUAUCAUUCCUGGUGGUUCCUCAACGCCCAUCUUGCCCAAGAACGUCUGCGAUGACCAGUUGAUGGACUUCGACGCCUUGAAGGACAGCCAAUCUGGUCUUGGUACUGCGGCUGUCAUUGUGAUGGACAAGAGCACAGAUGUCGUCCGUGCUAUCUCAAGAUUGAGCCACUUCUACAGACACGAAUCCUGUGGGCAGUGCACGCCAUGCAGGGAGGGUAGCAAGUGGACGGAGCAGAUUAUGAAGAGAUUUGAGAAGGGUCAAGGAAGAGAGCGAGAGAUUGAUAUGUUGCAGGAGCUCACAAAGCAAGUUGAGGGCCACACCAUCUGCGCUCUUGGUGAGGCUUUUGCCUGGCCCAUUCAGGGUCUUAUUAGACAUUUCAGACCAGAAUUAGAAGCUCGCAUGAAAGAUUAUGCAGAGAAGAACGGGGGAGCAGCGUUGGCCGGUGGAUGGGACCACGAUGCGUUAAGACAGGGAAAGUUGAUUGCUCCAGGGCAAUAGAUCUUGGAUGGUAGAUUGUUUAUAGGGAACCGUUCCUGUGUAUUUAUCGCUAUUAAGCAUGGAUGGCCUUCCGAGUCGAGGCGUUAUGCACGCAUGAUUUUCUUUGUAGCAGACAAAUAAAUAAAUGAUGUGACUGAACAUCCCUAACCAG